GGGAGUUCACCGGCCAUGGCGCCGCCACCUCCGCGCGAGCUCCUGGCCGUCGUCGAGGCGGCGUUACUCAGCCCCGCGCCGCCGUCGCCAGCGCAGCGCGUGGAGCUUCUCCACGCCCUCCGCGACGCCGCCCCCGCGUUCCGGGCGCUCCUCUCGUACCCGGGGCCCAAGGCGUCCGAUCGAACUCAGGUGGAGGCAAAGGAGGUUCGGCUCCCGGACAUGCCGCCAAUCACGCUUGAUGACACCGACGUGCAGACUGCCCUUAAGUUGAGUGACGAACUCAAUCUUAAUGAAAUUGAGUGUGUUCGGUUGCUAGUCUCUGCCAACAGAGAGUGGGUUCUAUAUGGUCGAGAGCCACUGGAAAUAUAUAGGCUUGCAGCUGGCCUUUGGUACAUGGAGAGGAGAGAUCUUAUAACUUCUCUGUACAUUCUGUUGCGGUCUGUUGUACUCGACCAAGGGCUUUAUGCUGAUCUGAUGUAUGAAAUCCAAAGUCAAAUGGAGGCUCUUUUUAGCGACGGUCUCCGGCAGCGGAUAAUCACCCUUGUAAAGGAGCUUAAUCGGGAAGAACCGUCUGGCAUUGGUCGACCAAGCUCCGAGAGAUAUGUGCUUGAUUUCAGAGGGGCUCUUGUUGAGAGGCGUGCCAUUGUCUCCCGAGAGAGAUUAAGUUUGAGUCACUGCCUUGCUCUUUCUGCACUUAUCAAACUGAUGGGUCCCAAGGAGGUUAAGGAUACGUUUUUGAUAUUAAAAGACUGUGCAGCUGAAGUAAAUGAAAAUACUAGUGUUGAGCUUCAGAUCACCUACGGCGUUCUGUUCUCUCUUGUAGUGACUUUUGUUUCUGAUGCCCUAAGUACUUCCCAUGAGAAAGCAUCUUUGCCAUCUGAUUCCUCGUUCAGACGUGAAUUUCAUGAGCUAGUGACGAGGACAUGUAACAAUACCACUGUCGAAGGAUUUGUUGGUAUUGUGCGCCUUGCGUGGACUGUUCUUUUGAUGUUAACACAAGAUCAAAAUAGUGCAAGAGACUCAGUAAUUAAUGCUUCCUCCGGAGUUGUGGCUGAUAUUUGGUCAUGUCUGGAUAUUAUUUGUCGCCUGAAUGCUUUUGAAUUUUUACGGGAGCGUGUUAUGCAAACAGCUGCUUACCAGAAUGAUGACGAUGACAUUGUUUACAUGUACACUGGCUAUGCACACAAGUUGAUGAUGUGCUUUCUCUCCCAUCCAACUUGUAGAGAUAAGAUAAAGGAAAUCAAGGAAAAAGCAAUGAAUGCUCUCAGUCCAUAUGCUCUACCACGGGAUCAUAGAGAAGAUCUUAAUAUAAGCGGAGAACAGACUGGUCAGCCUACUAAGCAGCCUUUUGUAUCCCUACUGGAAUUAGUUGGAGAAAUCUACCAGAAAGAGCCUGAGCUAGUGCAUGGAAACGAGGAACUGUGGACCUUUGUCGUAUAUGCAGGUGAAGAUCACACCAAUACACAAACUCUUGUGGCCUUCCUUGGACUUCUUAGUACUUUGGCUUCCAGUGAAGUUGGUGCUGCCAAAGUCUAUGAAUUGCUCCAGGGAAAAGUUUACCGCUCAGUUGGAUGGAACACUUUGUUUGAUUGCUUAUCUAUUUAUGAAGAAAAGUUUAAGAAAUCCCUUCAAUCUGCCACAAGCAUGUUGCCUGAUUUUCCAGAGGGGGAUGCACAGGCACUUGUUGCGUAUUUAGCUGUCCUUCAGAAGGUGGUGGAAAAUGGAAAUCCAUCUGAAAGAAGGAAAUGGUUCCCUGACAUCGAACCUUUGUUUAAGCUUCUAAGCUAUGAAAAUGUUCCCCCAUAUUUGAAAGGGGCUUUGCGAAACUCAAUCACUGCUUUUGUCAAAGUUUCACCCCAGUUGAAAGAUGCUGUUUGGAGUUAUCUUGAACAAUAUGAUCUUCCAGUGGUUACGGUUUCACCUGGGCAGCACACAGCAACACAGGUCUAUGACAUGAGGUUUGAGUUGAAUGAAGUUGAAGCAAGGAGGGAGAGUUAUCCGUCAACCAUAUCAUUUCUCAACUUGGUCAAUGCUCUCAUUGCAGAAGAAAGAAACAUAAGUGACAAAGGCCGUAGGUUCAUGGGUAUCUUUAAGUUUGUAUAUGAAGAUGUCUUUGGGCCUUUUCCCCAAAGAGCCUAUGGUGACCCUCGGGAAAAGUGGGAAUUAGCACUUGCCUGCUUGGAGCAUUUUCGCCUGGUUUUGCGCAUGUACGACAUAAAGGAUGAUGAUAUUUAUGCUGCUUUUAGCACGUCUGGACCUUCAUCAUCGAAUGCGUCAAUUGAGAAACAGCUCCCUGUGCUAGAACUAGUCAAAGAUUUCAUGUGUGGCAAGGUUGCUUUCCGCAAUAUUAUGAACAUCGUAUUAGUGGGUGUUGACACUCUUAUUAAUGAGCGAACUACCCAAACUUACGGGAUUCUUCUGGAGAAAACUGUCCAUCUUUCACUUGAAAUAUUUAUUCUUGUAAUGGAGAGAGAUCUGGUUCUUGCAGAUGUUUUCCGUCCACUCUACCAGCCCUUGGAUGUUGUAUUAUCUCAAAAUCAUAGACAGAUUAUAGCUUUGCUGGAGUUUGUCCGAUAUGAUUAUCUUCCUGAAAUUCAACAGUGUUCAAUAAAAAUCAUGGGCAUCUUGAGUUCUAGAAUAGUUGGGCUUGUCCAGUUGCUUCUGAAAGAUAAUGUUUCUAAAUCUGUAAUCGAGGAUUAUGCUGCUUGCUUGGAGUACCGUUUUGAUGAUUUCCAGGUCAUAGAGAACACAAAAGAUGAUGUUGGUGUUCUAAUACUACAGCUACUUAUUGACAAUAUUUGUCGUCCAGCUCCCAACAUUACACAUUUACUCUUAAGAUUUGAUGUCAACGGACCUAUAGAACGAACUGUUCUAAAACCAAAAUCACACUACAGUUGCUUGAAGAUAAUCCUUGACAAUCUCGAAAAAGUGACAAAACCUGAUAUAAACGCCUUACUUCACGAGUUCAGUUUUCAGCUUCUGUAUGAGCUAUGUCUUGAUCCUUUAACUUGUGGACCUGUCAUGGAUCUCCUGAGUACAACGAAGUAUCAGUUCUUUUCGAAGCAUGUGGAAACCAUUGCUGUUUCACCACUUCCCAAAAGGAACAUUAAUCAAGCUCUUCGCAUCAGCACUCUCCAUCAGAGGGCGUGGUUGCUGAAGAUGCUAGCUUUGGCA